AUGGCUAUCUCACUUCAAGGUAUACCUCAAGGGGGAUUGCCAUCCACUACGGAAAAUAACCCUAGAGAACAUGUUAAGGCGGUAGAGCUCCAAAGUGGGCGAAACUUUGAGAAAGCCAAUGGGAAGAAGCAUGUUGUUGAGGAGGAUGAGCCUCAAAUUGUUGUUGAUGUAGCAAGCUCAAGCCAAGAGUCACAAAAGGAAUGUGAGGAAGUGACCAUUGAUGUGGAAGAAUCGUAUGUGAGGCCACCACCACCACCACUAUUUAAAUUGCAAAUUAACCUUAGUUUGGCGGAUGCACUACGUGAGAAGCCACAAUAUGCCAAGUUCUUGAAGGAUAUCAUCACCAACAAAAGAAGUUGGGAUAGUGGCGCAAUGAUUCCCAUUCCGGAAAUGUGUAGCUCUAUUAUUUUGAAUGAUUUACCGGCUAAGUUGAAGGACCCAGGAAGUUUUUCUAUACCUUGCACUAUAGGAAAUAUGAGUUCUAUAAAUUGCCUAUGUGAUCUUGGUGCUGGUAUUAAUCUUAUGCCUUUGACUCUUUUCAGGACACUUUGUGGAGAGCAACCCGUGAAGAGCACCUCGAUGGUACUCCAACUAGCGGAUAAUUCGUUGAAAAGGCCGUAUGGGAUUGUUGAGGAUGUGCUAGUCAAGGUAGAUAAGUUUAUCUUUCCGGUUGAUUUUGUCAUACUAGACUAUGCGGUUGACAAGGAAUGCCCAAUGAUCUUGGGGCGACCCUUUAUGAACACCGGAAGAGCUUUGAUUGAUGUGCAUGGUGGAAAAUUGACUUUGCGAAUCGACGAAGAAACGGUUAAGUUUGAUAUGAAGAAGGUCAUGAGGGGUACCGUCGAGGAGGAAGAUUGCAUGAGGAUUGAUUUGGUUGAUGAACUUGUGAGGGAUCAACUUGACGCGAGUAUGAAUGUGUUUAAUCAAGACGGAACGAGGAAAUUUUAG